UCUACAAGCAGAGUGCAGUCCGACUUCUUGCAUCCGUGAAUCAUGAAGCCAUAAGAAUUUCAUCGCAGUGUUUUUAAUGUGAUGGGUGGAUCUGCGCGUUCAUGUCUCCAGGGUCGCACCUUCUCCAGCCAGCUGUGCGUAAAGGUGAUGAGUCCCUCCCUACCUCUGACUCCUCCAGCUGUGCCAUAACCCUCCGACCGAAAGACAGAGGCAGAAAGAGAGAGAGGGCGAGAAUAAAAUAUUAGGCAGCUGUGACUAUUUCAGCAGCUGUAAUUGGGGGGAUUUGCCAAUAUAUUUUAUUAACAAAUGCGGGGUCCUCCACUGGGCAUGCUCCAUCUGAUCCGAGAGAGGAGCUGGGCUGAAUAACAGGCAGUUUGGGCGUUUUUGUGAGGAGGUUUUGUCGCCCUCUCAUUUCAGAUUUUUCUUUGUUUAAUGAUAAUAAGAGCACAAGGAAGAAGAUCUGCCCUCCUUUCAGACAGACUGGGGAUGUGCUCCUCUCAGCUAUGCGUGCCUGACAGGGGAAAGUGUCUGUGCUGAGACAAAGAGCUGCUGUUUGGCGGCGGCGUGUCGUUGCGCGCAGAGAGGGAGAGCUGAGUGUGAAGGAGGUGAGUCUGUAGGCAGCAGCAGAAGGACUGAGCCGCCAAGAGUCUCCAUCAGGCGCUGUCCGCUCAGCACCACCGCAGUCACCUUGCUGUGAAAGUCAUAAACCUGCUCAGGACUGAUCUGAUCAAUUGCCGCAACCUGGUGAAGCCAAUGAGCCGGAUUUAUCCUGCUGCCGGGGGGAAAACUGCCAGCGUUUGUCCUUUUUAUCUCGACAUCUUGGAUUUACCGACGAUGUGACGUCCAUUCUUAAUGUGAUGCCAUUGGCUGCAAUCAUUUUGGAUUUCGAGUCUAUACCUUCCAGCGAGUCCGGCAGCUGUAAACCUUUACGAUCCUCACAGUUGCAUGGCAGGUGUUGGUAGAAAAUACAGGGUUUUAAAAGUGGAUGUAGCCUGAUGCGCGUCCAACACUCCUGAUUUCCUUUCACACUUGGUGAGAAACGACAGGUUGCUUUGCGCGCAGCUUUCCUUAUAUAAUUGUUUCCUACGGUGUGAUCACUUGUGUGCAUGGCUGCACGCUGCGCCUAGACUUACCUUUGCGAUGAAGGGAACUUAUUGGAGAAAUGCCUAAGGGACGCAAUGGGCCUGAGCGACGACAAGGAUCGCAUUGUGAUAAACGUGGGAGGGAUCAGACAUCAGACAUACCGCAGCACCCUGCGCACCCUACCUGGCACCCGCUUGUCCUGGCUGGCCGAGCCUGAUGCACCCAACCACUUUGACUAUGAUGCCAAGAUCGAGGAAUUUUUCUUCGACCGCCACCCUGGCGUUUUUGCACAUAUCCUUAAUUACUACAGGACAGGUAAGCUGCACUGCCCGGCUGAUGUCUGCGGGCCGCUCUAUGAGGAGGAACUGGCCUUCUGGGGCAUUGAUGAGACAGACGUGGAGCCAUGCUGCUGGAUGACCUAUCGCCAGCACCGGGAGGCAGAGGAGGCUCUUGAUAGUUUCGGCGGGGGGGGCCUGUUAGACCUGGGGAACGACGAUCAGGAGCCGGAGCAGGAGCAUGCUGAGGAUGAUGUGGAUGAAAUGACUAGGAGGCUGGCGCAGGGAGACUCUCCUGACACCAGGAGUGGAAGCCUGUGGAGCCGGUGGCAGAGGCGUGUCUGGGCUCUGUUUGAGGACCCUUACUCCUCUAAAUAUGCAAGGUGGGUGGCUCUGGCCUCACUGUUCUUUAUUCUGGUGUCCAUCACCACCUUCUGUCUGGAGACCCAUGAGGCCUUCAACCCCAUCAUCAACCGCACUGAGGUGGAACUGGUGGACAAUGUGACAGUGGAGAACACCUACCAGGAGACUGAGACUGCAGCCUACCUCACCUACAUCGAAGGCGUCUGCGUGGUGUGGUUCACUUUUGAAUUUCUAAUGCGAAUAACUUUCUGCCCCAAUAAGUUUGACUUCAUUCGGAAUGCCCUGAACAUCAUCGACUUCGUGGCCAUCCUGCCCUUCUACCUAGAGGUGGGCCUCAGCGGGCUCUCCUCCAAGGCAGCUAAGGACGUCCUGGGUUUCCUGAGAGUGGUUCGUUUUGUGCGUAUCCUGCGUAUCUUCAAGCUGACACGUCACUUUGUUGGGCUGAGGGUGCUGGGCCACACUCUGAGGGCAAGCACCAACGAGUUCCUGCUCCUUAUCAUCUUCCUUGCUCUUGGUGUCCUCAUCUUUGCUACUAUGAUCUACUACGCUGAACGAAUCGGAGCUAACCCCAACGACCCACGAGCCAGCGACCACACACACUUCAAGAACAUCCCGAUUGGAUUCUGGUGGGCUGUGGUGACCAUGACAACCCUGGGCUAUGGAGACAUGUACCCUCAGACGACCUCCGGUAUGCUGGUUGGAGCCCUGUGUGCCCUGGCAGGUGUGCUGACCAUCGCCAUGCCCGUCCCUGUGAUUGUCAACAACUUUGGAAUGUAUUACUCGCUGGCCAUGGCAAAACAGAAACUACCAAAGAAAAAAAACAGGCAUAUCCCUCGGGCACCCCAACCAGGUUCUCCUAACUUCUGCAAGACAAGCAUCACCUCUCAGCAUCCAAGCCCUAUCCCCCAUGACGAUGUUUUUGAGAUAAAAUUUCAAGAUUCCAAGCUUAAUGGUGAGGCAGCUAAUGCAGCUCUGGCCAAUGAAGAUUGCCCUCAUAUAGACCAGGCCAUAUCUCCGGAGGAAAUCUUCAGCCCCAGCGAGAGAGAGCGGCCCUGCUUCCUGGUCACGACUGCUGAACGCCCCAACCACACAGGGGGCAGAGUGAGGAGGGGUUAUGAAAAGCCUUGGAGCCUUAACAGCAUGUCUGGCAUGAGCGGGGAUGCCUCUGGAGUGUCCUCAGUGUCCGCCCUGCCCUGCAGCCCACCCUGUCUAAUGCAGCACUCACAUUCUCCCAUCCCAUCCAUUAUGUAGCAUGGUUGAGUAGCAGACACAAUGCCAUUGGAAGGCCAGUCCACACUCCUUCUUAUCUUUCCUGUCAAAUUUUACUUUGACACUUUCCUUCGCUCCUGCAUUUUUUUCUUCAUUUUUAUUUCUUUACUUUUCUGGAAAACUGUAUCUUAACUGUGCUUAUACUCAAGCUUCCCAAGUGUUCUCCUUGGGUGUGUCAUCAUAUCCUAGACUAGAAAACAUUGGCACAUGCCACUCUGCAUGGGUCACCUCAGUUGCAGACAAAGCACUGUUCUACUUCUACCACAGGCUAAGCCCACUCUUUUUUUCCUUGUGUUUACAUCAUUGCCUGUUGCUCUGUUGCUUUUGAUCUCUCAUACUCUUCUGCCAAUAACUUUUAUCUCAUUUGCUUUUUACAAUUUUGUGAAAUAAUUUUUCAUAAGAUGUAACCCCUGCUAACAAUAUGCUGGACAUUAACAAUACAAGGCUUUUAAACAUAUCCAAAAGCUGUUAAGAGAACUCCUCUUAAGUGCUUUGCACGUUGCAAAGUAGAGACGUUAUCAUUCUGAAAGUGCAAUCCAGACAAGACUCAAUGUUACCUGAGUGGCCAUUAAAAGUAUUUGAACAUGAUGUUCAUGAUGUCCAAUGCAAUAUGGAGAUGAUGACAAUUCCUAUGAUACCAGUGAUGAAUACAUCUAAUGUUAACAGAACUAAAACUGUCUGUUCAUUUGCAUGAACUGCAUGAGAAAUUAUGUUCAACAAGAAGCUAACUGUAUUGCAGUACCUGUAAGAAAAAAAAGAGAAAAUUUUCUUUCAAAAGCUUCUAAAGCUUUGUCAUUUUUAUGCAUUUUGAGACAGCUUUACAAGAGACUCAGUCAUAGCAGAGAUUUUUAUGUAGCUGCCAUUCUUUGCCUUUCCCCAAAUUCAUAUAUUUAUUUUUCUUGUAUUUAUUUGACUGGGGCCUCCAACUAAAAUAGCGUGAUUUAACUUGAACAAUCUGUCAUAAAGCCAACUAAUGCUGUUAUGAGCAUAAAUAGUUUUUAUACAGAUAUAUUUACUGGUAGUUUUUAAACAGUAUCAAUAGACUGCAGCAACUUCUAUUACUGCUGUGCUGCUAAAUUAAGGCAGGACUCAUUAAUUAUAAAACAACGGUGCCUUCAUACCUGGUGAGGCAAAGUAAAAGUGAGUAAUAAAUUGACAUGAUAUUACGUAAGUGCUCCCAGUGUAGCAUCAUUACACUUUAUACCAUGCUCAUAACAGUGUAAUAAAAGCUUUAUUUUAUAAGGUGCAACUUGUUCCUAUUGCACCACCCUCGCACCCUUAAUCAUGGUAAAAAAAAAAAAAAAAACAACAAAAAACCCCUCUUGGUUACUGUUGUUUCACCACUGAACACAGAGUAGGAUUUAGACUUUAGAGGGAUAGCUAGCACCAAGCAAAAAAUUAAAGAAUAAAAAAGUAAGAAAAUAUUGACAUAUUAGUCCCCAUCUUUUUGUAUAAUAAAGCACAAAAUAUUACUAAAGGGGACCAGGCAAAUACAGAGCCAAUAUAUAUAGAUAUAAAUAUAUAUAACUUAUGAUCAACCAGAGAUGUCACAAUGACUUCUACAAUAUGUAUGUCUAUGAUUUAAAACAUCAAUACUGUUACUGUUACAUGUAUUGAUACUGUCCCAACAAUUAUGCACAAGUUUUUCAGGGCACUUUACCAAAUUUUCUGUUGACCAAUCUGAAAUGUUCAUUUCGAGAAGAACUUAUAGUACAGUAAUUAUAGCAACUCAUCUAAGUUUUGUUUUUAUUCUGAAUGAGCACAGUUUUACAUUUCGAGUCAUGUCUCUUGUGGUAAUUAAUGGACGUUCUAUAUUUAAAAAAAAAAACUUGUGAAGAUUUGAUGUGAAGAGAUGCAGGUGAAUUAUAUGCUCAUGCAAUUCAAGUGAGGGGGAAAAAGUUCGAUACGACAUAGUGUGGGAUGUGGGUCUACUUGGGGAAAGGUAAAUGCAUGUAUUUUACAUUUAUGCAACAGAAAAGUAUUCGAAUAAAAUAUGUAAAUAUAAGUCCUUGCAUGAAAUAAAUUUUAUACACAACGAG